GGCGGGCGAACGCAGACCGACUUCGCAGUCGCGUUUCUGACGCGGUGCAGACGAGUCGUUUGCAGAGAGCUAUCGUAGCGCGUCGAAACAAUAAUUUCGAUAUUCGUGAAGCAGCCGAGAUCCCGCGAACUGGACCAGACUGGUACGCACAGGUUUUCGCGCAACCGUACCGCAGCACAUGAUCAAUCACCCCAAGCCGACGUCCGGUCCGUUCGUGUUGAAUUUGAUAUUUUUGAUUUUUGAUCCCCGACCUGUACAUCAUCAGCAUACGGCUGCGAGCAGAAAACGUACACGUCGCAAUCAAACAUUGGAAUCAUGUACUCGCAUCGACGGUGGUGUGCCGCGGUCCCGGUACUCUCGGCGCUCGUGAUGAUGGCACACGCCGCCACGAUCAAGUUCGACCAGAGCCAGACGGGCGACUACAACUUGCAGAUACACCUGAAGAACAUCGAACUGUACGCGGUGUUCGACGAUUCCGGCGGUAACGACGACGAACCGGCACUGCUGGACCCGUACUCGUCGUCGACCAGCGACAAGAUCGUCCAGAUGGUCGAGGCGCUGAUCGCCAGCAACGGGAACACGUCCGACAUGCCCACCGAACCGCCGUCGCCAGUCACCACCGUCGCCUCGCCGCCGUCCGCGGCACCGUCCGCUGUAUCGUCCGCGGUACCGUUGGUCGCGCAGUCGCCGUCGGCCGUGGCCGCGGCUUCCGCUUCCACGACGGCCGCGAGCGGUACGGCCAAUCGGAAGUGCGGACCCGGAUAUUUCAGGGACCCGAUGGGUCGGUGCCGGCGCAUUCGAAAACCGCAUCUGCCGUUCUUACAAAUGGUGCACACACCAGGAGUGAUCAAGUCUUUCCAACCACAACAACGGACGGCCGAGAACGAUAGUGUGGCGAAAAGUUAAGAAAAAAAAAAUUAAAAUAACAUCCGUUAUACUGCCUAUAUUAUAUUAAUGCAACUCAAAAAAAAAAAAACACUUAAUGUUUAUUUUAUUAUAUUAUUUAUAUUACAUAUAAUUCGUAUUUAAUCCGGCUGUCUUAAAACGAAGUGUGCUUAAUAUAAUAUAGUAUUUAUUUAUAAUUAAGUCAAUGCGAUAAUCGCUUUAUUUCUGUAAUAUUUAUUGCCAGAUAUACUGGGGAAUUAAUUUAUUAUAUUGUAUACGAUCUAAAAUACGGCCACUCGAUGUAUUUGGAUUUAUUACGAAUUUUGCUCAUUUAUAUUUAUAUACAAAAUGUUUAUCCUUAUAGAUCUUAAAUAUAUAUGAAAUUAUAUUAGUACCUUA